CCAUUAUGGCUUCCGUGCAGUUUCGGAGGGGAGACACCGUUCAGCCGGCCGCGCCUUUGAGCAAGUCCGUCAUCUUUGGCACGUCCGGCCUCGGCGGCGUGCUGGGCUGGAUCUGUGUUCACCCUUUCAACACGCUGGCCGUCCGGAUGAACCUGUCCGUCAUGUCGAGCGGCGGCGCGCCUCCCGCUCCCUUUGCCUCGUUCGCCUCCGACCUGAUCAAGCGCGAGGGCGUCGCCGGUCUGUACGCCGGCCUCGGCGCCGGUUGCCUCCGGCAAGUCUUCUACGCGACAUCGCGGUACGGCCUCUUCGAGACCUUCCGCGACGCGCUCGCAAAGUACCGCAAGACGGACUUUGCGCAGCGCUUCGCCACCGCCUCGGUCGCCGGCGGCUGCGCCGCCCUCAUCUCGUGCCCCGUCGAGGUCUGUCUGGUCCGCAUGUCGAACGAGUUCAAGCAGCUGUAUGGCACGCUCGGACUCUCCGGCCUCGCCAGCCCGCUCUCCUCUACAUACGCGCGGCCAACUCAUUAAUUGAGCAGUGGUUAAUUAAUUGCUUAGGCCUCGCCAGCCCGCUCUCCUCUACAUACGCGCGGCCAACUCAUUAAUUGAGCAGUGGUUCAUUCACUGCUUAGGCCUCGCCAGCCCGCUCUCCUCUGCAUACGCGCGACCAACUCAUUAAUUGAGCAGUGGU